AAAAGAAUGGGCAGUGCUUUUGUCUUUCCCUUGGAGGGGGCUCACUUGUUAGGAACCAUAUGGUGCCUGAGUCACAGGGGCCAUUAUGACAUCACAGGCCUUUUUUCCUCCACCCUUCCUGCCUAUGCUAUGGCUGGAUGAACACAGAUGUGAGGGGAUUUGAACCAUCUACAACCAAUCCAUAUGUGACCAAUGGAGGAGAAGCAGCCCAUAAAGACAGAGGAGCCCUCAAAAGAAGAUGAGCCUCAGCAGAAGGAGACGCUGACCCAUUUGUCCUUAGAAGCAGAGUCAAAGGCAGAGGCUAACACUCCAGUUCUGGUUGAGACACAGACAGUGGACAAUGCCAAUGAGAAAUUAGAAAAACCCCCAGAAAACGAAAAGAAGCUCUCUGACAAAGAUAUGGUAGCCACCAAGAUCCAGGCCUGGUGGCGGGGCACCCUGGUGCGUCGGGCACUGUUGCACGCGGCCCUCAGCGCCUGCAUCAUUCAGUGCUGGUGGCGGCUGAUACUGUCCAAGAUUCUGGAGAAGAGGCGGCGGGCGGCGCUGGAGGCCUUCUCCCGGGAGGAGUGGGCAGCAGUCACACUGCAGUCCCAGGCCCGCAUGUGGCGCAUCCGCAGGCGCUAUUGCCAGAUGCUCAAUGCUGUUCGCAUCAUCCAGGCCUACUGGAGGUGCCGCUCCUGUGCUUCCCAGGGGUUCAUCAAAGGCCAAUACAGAGUCACAGCCAACCAGCUGCAUCUCCAGCUGGAGAUCUUGCUGGGCUCAGGGCCUUGCAUUGUGACAGAGUGUAUUCCCCUCUCAAUAAAGGAAUGAAGUGGUCUUUUCCA